CUCGGCUCGAGCCGUGAACCUAUGGCCAAAGUUCAAACCACCCGCGACUCGACAACUCGAUCCGGCUCGACUCGACCAGGCACAAUAACAUCUCUGCCGGAACGCUUGUCUGCCAGUCCCCGGCACUCCGCCCGUCUCGCCAAACCAAAGACACACAAACACCAUCGCGGACUCCUGGCUUGGUGUAGCCUUGUCGCCGGCCAUCUCUCCUCCUUUGUGACACCUUUCCCUCCCCUUCUGCUGGCCCCUUACGCCCCUUCUGUCACCAGGCUCCCCCCAAGGUCCGCGCCGACCACGGUGCUCCCGCACAAAAUAGCAGGCCUGCGCAGUCACCUGGUCCUUGUGCUGCUGUUCGCCGCCGCCCCGUCAAGCUGCAAGCUCCCACCGCGUGUAACUCAAUUUGACCAUCGCGACCUCCAAUUGCUUGGCGUCCCAUUACACUAAACCUUCCCCAACAUUUCUAUACCCUGCCCGAGGCUGGUAUAGUGAGCGCUCUAAUGGACAAUGAUACAAAAUUGGACCCGUUCAUAUAGUACAACGGCGCGCGCCAGGUAGAGCGCUGUCGCCUUUCGCCUCGACAUGGCGCUCCUGAACCCGACCUUCAUAUUCGGCGUCUUUGUCGUCCUCUAUCUAUCCUCCUUCGUCCUCUUCGCCAUUCUCCGAAUCCUGACCGGCCUCUCCAUCCAACGCAUCGGCUACUUCUCCCUGCGCCGCCUCGCUUACGUCCCAAAAGAUGGUGUCAAGAUCGAGAUCAGAGGGCUUGGGCUCAACGUCCACAGGCCAACCUUCGCACAGCCGACAUGGCUCAGCAUCGUCGUCAGUGAGCUCGUCGUCACGGUCGACCUCGUCGAGCUGGAUCGUAGCAAGGCCAACGGCGCCCUCGCCAGGGACCCCGACGACCCUGCGCCACAUAAGAAAGAGGAGGCUUCCUUGAAAGUUCCCAAGACACCUCUCGUCCGACGUGCCACCGCGAGCGUCCAGCGCAGCGAGACAUGGAAGCACCUCACAAAGAUCAAGGAGCGCAUCAAAAGACUACACCGGAACGUCAACUGGCUGCGCCUGGUAGACGUGGUGGCAACAAACUCAACGCUCAACGUCUUGGACGUCGGCCACGUCCAGUUCGGGAGCGUUACGGUCGCUGUCGACACCCGGCGGAAGAUGGUGGACCGGGCUCGGUUUUUCUGGGGGCCCAGGUCCGGGAAAAGCCACGGCAAGAACCAGGCCGAAUGGAUCAUGACUAUCAGAAGCGUCCUCUUCACGCCCAUUGGCAGCGAAUCCAUCGAAGUCCUCGACCAUUCGACUCUGAACGUGCAUGGGUUCCUCUAUGAACAGCUGGACGGUCUGCGAGACGCCUCGAUUGCCCUGAAGCUCGGCCGUGUCCACGUCCCCCUGGACGAGAUCCGCGAAUCAGCCAAGCGCUACCAGAAGCGCAAGCUCGAGACCACAGCCAGCCCACACGCAGAUGAGCCACUGGAUGAGUACGUCGACAAGGUUGUCCAGGAGCUUGAAGAGCCGGGGAGUACCGACGACGAGCUCAUGCAGGCUGUUUCGGAUUCCAAGGAGUUCGUCAGUUCCAUACUGAGGGGCAUUAAGGAGGUACAGUUUGCGGUCAGCUUCUUCGCCCUGACCAAGAAGAUCGAGGCCGUGAAGACGGCCGGUCCACCAGUAAUCCUGAACGCCUCCAUGAAAGAAGUCGGCAUAGACCUCCAUCGACUGGAUCCGAAGUCCCCUGCUCAUAGGAUGUACUUCCCUUCGACGGACAUUGCCCAUGAGGCACUCCUUGCUGCCUUGUCGAUUUCCAUAGGCCUUGACGAUGGACAUGGCAGCCCGCAACGGUUGCUCUAUGUGCCAAUGGCGACAACGACGGUCCGGACAACACUUCCUGCCAAGACCGUCCAGCUUCCCAGCAACGACAACGCAGAGCAGAGGAACGCCAACAUCCUGUUUGCGAACUCUGUCGUUACCUCGCCUUCGGUGGACCUGGAUCCGAAGCACCUCCCGCUUCUCCUCGCCAUGCUCCGGUCCAAACCCAAGAGGGCGAGAACAACAGCUCCUCAACAGCGGCACAUGUUGAUCUCACGGCUACUUCCCAAAGCCACCAUCAAGUUCUCCAUGCACGAGCCAGUCGUCCGCAUAGCUCUCCCCCCUGUCCAGAAGGACGCCGACCCCGAUGACUUUGAUUUGAUCAUUUCUUCUAUAUCCUCCAUCUCCCUCGAUGCAGAGUCAUUCCAUCCGUCCGGGGAGGAGCUGCACUACUCCUUGGCUUCUAACCUGAGGAUUCAAUCUCACAACCUAUACUACCAGACUUCUGAAGGUGAACGCUUCGACCUGGUGGAAACAGAAUCAUUUGACCUGAAGGUCAAUCUGAGCGCGUCCCCCGAUGUUGCAGUCGUUGCCAAUGGUAACUUGCAGACUUUUGCCAUCAGACUUGUUCGACCAGAAAUCACAGACGGUUUGCAACAGAUCGUCCAACAGUUGCGUCUGGAGGCCGGGCCCAAAAAGAAAGCUAGCCCAAAAUCUUCCAAGCAUUCCAAUUUCCUGCGGGGUGUGCCGACUUGGCUCCUUCACUUUCAGCUGCAGGCAUCCGACUUCAGCGCCGAGAUCGCAGGGGUUGACGCAGGUGUGUCCGAGGACUCGCGAGGCGUCUCUCUCUCGCUGGACACUUGGACAGCUGAAUACCGAGCCCAAAGGCUCGAGGGCCUGCCUCGCCGGCCGGCUAGGAAACGGGCCAACAGUCGCGUGAGCGUGUCGCUCGAUCCAGAAAUCCUCAAGAACCUCCCUCCGUCCCCGAGGAAAAAACAUCAAAGCCCCGGCGAUGGACGCCGGAUAGCUUUCCACGUCCGUGGCCUAGAAGCUUUCGUCGUUGAGUCAGCCGAUCGCUGGGAGGUUGACCCUUUUCUCAGCAUACCUCGCUUUGAAGUCGCCCUCUCGACUGCGAGUGACCAUCAGGGUCCUGUGUUCCACAUCAAUUCACAUGUGAAGACGCUUCUGGUACAGUAUUCUCUCUACCGGCAUUACGCCGUGGGGGUUGCUGUUUCUGUCCUUCGAAAAGCCUUCCUGCGUUCUAGCAAGGACAGUGCCGAUCUGGGAGAGGCGCCCCAGACACCGCAGAUGCCAACUACGCCGACUACACCGAGGCACAGUCUCAGUGCGCAGUAUCUGUCGCCUCCCACGCAAGACUACUCCUCCACCGACGAGGAGCACGCGCCAGUAGCUGAAUUAAUAUCAGUGGAUUUCAAAGCGACUUUUGUGCAAAUCAAGGCAGACAUGCCAUCAGACCCGCCAAUGAUGCUACACGUGCACAACCUGGAAGCCGGGCGCCAUCGUUGGUCCCCGCCAUUCUUCCAUACGAGGCUGGUCAGACUCUACUCCGAGCCCCCACGGAUGCGCAGGGUCUGGAGCAAGCUUCUCAGCAUCAAGAAUGGGCGUCUCGACUACCGAGAAUCUCGCCGGAAGCUACCAACUGGCGGCUAUCAAGACGAAAAAAUGUUUGACGUCGUUGCAGAUGCUGUCCGGGGUGCUGUUCCGAACGAGCUCGUUUUCAACAAGGUAUCCGACAACGUCAACAACGUGAUCAAAGCUGUCAAGCAACUUCACCACCGCUUCAGGACAGGCACGGACGAGUACGUUUUGGACAAAGGCCCUGAAGGGCCCAAGAACGUACCGAAAGUGUCAGUGAAAUGCAAGUCGCUGCUAUUUGAGCUCGAGGACGGUGCAUUUGAGUGGAAGCUUGGCAUGAUCUACCGGGCUGGUCGUAUAGAGCAGAUGCAGAGACUAGCCCGCGAGGAGGCCUUCAAGGUGAAAGUGAAGAAGAUCCACGAGGAGGCGAGAAAAGAGACCGGCGUUCGAGCCCGAUCGGCCGCUGGCAGAGGACGCUCGAGCCACUCUGGUGCUUCCUGGGUCCGGAGUCAGAGUGCCGAUGGUCGUCGGCCAGAGAGCAGCGGCGGGCGUGAAAGAGGUCGUGCGCCGAGAUACGAUCCAGAAAAUGGUUGUGGUAUUAGCGGGCAUACCCUGGUUUCUAUCGCGGAUGCCCGAGCGAAACUGAACGAGCACAACUCCAAGAGCUGGAGGUCUCGCAUCGAUCGCUUUUACCUCAUGGCCCGCAAUGGCAUGAAAGAUAUAAGGGGUGCUUUCUGGGGCACAAGCAAUAUCCCGGAUGAUUUCGAGGACAACGAGAGCAUUCUGGAGAUGCCAGAACGGCCAGCUCUCAUGUCGGCCUUGAUUCACGACCUGCAUUUCAUGAUCGACAAGCCUUCUUUCCCGUUGAAGCAGCUACCAGAAUUCCUCCACAGGGUCGGCAAGGGAAUGCCCCGGGACAUGAAGUAUUCCUUGCUGGUCCCCAUGAAUGUCCAAAUCAACAUGGGAGAAGCAAGAGUGUCGCUGAGAGACUACCCGCUGCCCCUCAUACACGUGCCCAGUCUCAAGGCCGGACAAUCGACACGCAUACCGGCUUUGUCAUUAAAGACAGACUUUGUCAUUGCAGAAGAAUUCCGCGGCGUUGAGUCUACGAGGAGUGUCCGAGUGAAUGUCAUCCCCCCCUCACCCCCACACGCAGAAGGCACCAAACAACCCGGCUAUUCUAUCGAUGUCAGGCGCACCAUCGGCCCGAUCAAGUCGUUCUCCGAUAUGUACGUCGACGUCAAUACGGCAUUGCCAACGAGGAUCACCUGGGGCCCAUCGUACCAGCCCGCCAUCCAGGACAUGAUGAUGGUUAUUGAGUCGUUCACGAAGCCACAGUCGGAUCCGUCCGAGCGUGUUGGCUUCUGGGACAAGAUCCGGCUCAAUUUCCAUUCCCGCGUACGCAUCGCUUGGAAAGGGGAUGGCGAUGUUCACUUCUGCCUCAAGGGGUCCAGAGAUCCGUACCAGAUCACUGGGAAUGGUGCUGGCUUCCUCAUGUGCUGGCGAAACGAUGUCAGAUGGAGCAUCCGAUCCGACGAUGACCCCAAACGCUUCAUGACAGUAGACAGUGGCGAGUACGUCCUCGCCGUGCCCGACUUUGGGCACUACGCACGAGAAGCGGCUCGUCGGACUGCCGAUAACGACAGUGUGAUCAGCGAAGACAGCAUGAAAUCUGGCUCUGCCUUCAAGAAGGUAGUCAUGAAACUAUCGGGCAAGGUUCAGUGGCUGGCGGGGCUCGUUUUCGAACAAGCCAUCGAGAAUGGCAAGAGGAAUUUCGAGUUCAGCCCCCAUUAUGACGUGGUUCUCAAGGCACCUGAAUAUGCAAAGCCCGUCAAUGGCGUCCCAUAUGACGCCUUCAGGGGUUUCAGGAGUCAGCACAUCCACUUGUCCAUUGCUGUCAGAGCACCAGUGGACCGUGACUGGGCGUCUGCUGAUGUGGAGCCCUCAAGAAGUUACAACACCGUCCAUCUUACGCCACGAUUCUUCACACACUUCUUCGCAUGGUGGACGUUGUUCGGCGGACCCAUGUCCUUACCUGUCCGACAAGGUCCACUCUGGCCAGGACGAGAGAAGAGCAGCAAAAAGUUUGGCAGACACCUCGGGACCAUCAAGUUCAAUCUGUUGCUCGCGCCGUUAUUCUUGAGUCAUAUUUACAAGCACAAGGACGUGGAGGAUUAUGACGAGAACGCCGUGUCCGCCACUGGCCUCAAGGUCCGUUUUGACAGCUGGAAGCUGGAUCUCCACAUGAGACGCGAGGAAUUCAACACCAGCGACAAGGGACACAAGGCAGGCAGCCGGACUACCGGGAUGAAGAUCCAUGCAGGCCAGUUGGACCUGGCCGCCGCAGAUGUUCGUGCUGUAUCUGCUAGUAUCAAAGGCACAACAACAGAGGCGAUCAGGAAGAACCAUAUCGGCUCGCUCAUGAGCCAGCAGGAAGACGAGGGCACGGAUCUGUCAAAAUUCACAAUCCCCGACAAUGAUUUCAGCUGGGUAGACAUGGAUGACUUUGUCGAGCUGGAUUGGAUCUUGCCAGCUGAACCGAACCCGGACACGAAGAUCCUGCCCCUUGCCUACUGUCCUAGGCUCACUUAUUUCCGACAGACCGACAUUGGCGGCGUCAUAGCCGGAGAUCCAGACAGGACCAGUCCUUUUGGACACGAGCCUACCCAUUUGUGUAUAAUGAGUCAGGACGAUGACCCUCGGCGUGUGCAAGCUCAACUCGUCCAGCAGCGCCUCGAUCAGCUAGCGGAACAGACUAAGAACCACGACCGUAAUGUUGGUGAGGCAGAGCUGAGAGUCGUCAGAGACGGGGACCAUGAUCCUGAUGCUCGAACACAUCUCGAGGCUCUCCUCAUGCACAGUAGCCUUCUCCAUGAAAAGAAGGACUUCCUCGAGAACCUUCUAAACCAGAUGACCGCCAAGCCCGCGCAGGAUCCACGUGGUGCCUUCUACAAUGUGGCCAACGGUCAGAAUGGCAAAUCAGACACUUCUGUCGGCACUGGUGAGCAGACAAUGUCGCUACCUACAGGUGCCGAGUUCGCUAGCGACUUCUUGAACCGCUUCGUCAUGCACAAUUUGCAACUCAAGUGGAACAACCUCCUGCGAAACAUCAUACUCCGCUACAUCCACCAGGUCAGUCAGCGACGGGGUUUUGUCUACUACCUCUCGCGACCGGCCGUCAAGUUCAUACUGGACAUUGUGGAAGAACAAACCAAGAUCAAAAGUGCAAAUGGUACUAAAGACACCGGAAAAUCCGAGCCCACUGCGACGCCAAAAUCAAACGGGUCCGCACAGGGCACACAAAAUGGCAUCGAAGACAGGAUCAAGCAGAUCCUCCAGGAUGGCCGGAGAUUUGUCAACGCCAAUGAUUCUGAUCAGGACUCUGGUCCUGAUGCUGCUCCGAACGUGGCCAUGGAGGACCUCACCAGCGGCAUUGCUGACGGCUUCACGCCACAGAACAGCUACCACGUCCGCCUCAUCGCCCCGCAGAUUCAGCUUCAAAGCGAGAAGAAUAAGAAACACGUUGUCAUGCUAACUAGCAAGGGCAUGGAGUUGAAAGUGGUCGAGGUCUUGGACAAGGACAGGAUAUCCGAUUCCGUCAGCGGUCUUGUCCAGCGGCGGUUUUUGGUCAACAUGGACAGUACGCAAUUUUUCGUCUCUCACCAGAAGUGGUUCUCGAGCCAGCUGCUUCCCAUGUACUCUGGUAGCGUCUACGGUGCACCGAGUGGCUCGGCCUGGCCCCCUUGGGUGCCCAUGGAGGUGAUGUCCGACUACCAAACAGACCCCGUCGGCUUCAAGCGUGUUGUUCAGAAAACAUCGGCUAUGCUCCGCUACGACAAAUACAACACACUCCGUCUCAAGUAUAACGACGAGGUCAACUCGGGUGAUGCGGCGGACGGCGAGUCGAACGAAGCCACGGAAAGUCGCAUGGACAAUCUCUGGGUCGAAUUCCCCCAGGCCCGCGCCAUCUGCAAUUCUUCGCAGUACUACGCGAUUUACGUCAUCGUGUUGGACCUGCUCAUGUACAACGAGCCUCUGGAGAAGACUCGCAGCGAGCGCCUGGAAAAGAUCAUGUUGGCAUCCGACUUCAGCGAUCUGCGAGGCACGCCAGAGAUGGUAACCAAGUUGCAAGAACGGAUCAGGCAGCUGGAAGACAUCAAAUCAUACUUCCAAAUUCAUUCCAAGUACCUGGACGAGCAGGGCUGGCAGGAUAGGCUGCUCCUCGAGAGGGACCUUGCAGCUUGCGAGGACGAGCUGUUCUUCAUGAUGAAGGCCAUCACAACUUCUCAGCGAAAGCACGAUACGUCGCAGAGCAAUGCGCUACUCAAGUGGUCCAUCUCGGUGAAGGACAUCGUAUGGCACCUGAUCCGGGAUGCCAAUGAGCCCUUGUGCGAGCUGCAACUCCGGGAUGUCGAGUAUGACAGGACGGACAAUUCUGAUGGCUCACACAUCAACUUGAUACGUGUUGGCAAGGUACUGGGUCUCAAUUUAUUGCCCGACGCGAUCUAUCCUGAGAUGGUCGCACCGUACCUCGAAGAUGCCAAAUCCGCCUCGGUCUUGAACAGUCAGCCCAUGAUCACCGUGUACUGGUACAUGCUCGAGGCGAUUGCCGGCAUCCCCGUCAUGGAACAUUUCGAGGUCAACCUCUUCCCGCUCAAGGUCCAAUUGGAACGAGAGGUGGGCAAGAAACUGUUCGAGUACAUCUUCCCGGAAAUGGACGGGGACAAAUUUGGAGGCGACGGUCAGAACGCCUCUCCUUUCAUGCUGAAGCAGGCCAUACCAGGAGACGAGGCAGCAGAUGACGAUGACGACUCGAUUCAAGAAUACGCGCGGCCUGCCACGGCUGUGUCUGAUAUAGAUCGGCUCGACCCUGGAAACUUCUCGACUCGGGCCGGCUCACUGGAGCUUCGUCUGCGUCCUACGCUAACGUCUGAGGCCAAGCGGAGCCCCCCAAAGAGCAACAAGGCGCUCAGCGUUCACUCGGCCGAGUCCGCCCCAUUCAAGCUGUUCGGGUCAAAGAACAAGGGCCUCGCCAGGAAGCGGUCGUGGGACUCGCUUCGAGCCACUCCCAACCCCACGCGUCCCGGCGUUGGUAGGACGAACACGGGCUACUCGUCCAAGGUUGACGCCAGCUCGGUGAACUCGGACUCGAAGAAGUCGCGCUUCAACCUCCGCAGGUCAGACAACAAGGACGAAGCGCCGUCAGACGAUCUGACCAAGAUGAUCAGUCGAGCGUCUAGCUACAUGACGUUCGCAUACAUCAAGCUACCAUCGGUUGUCCUCUGUCUGAGCUACAAGGGCAAGGGCGAGCGCAACAUCGAGGACGUGCACGACUUCGUCUUCCGUCUGCCCACAAUCGAGUACCACAACAAGAUGUGGUCGAAUCUCGACCUUGCUCUGGCCUUGAAGAGCCGGGUGAUGAAGGCCUUGAUUAGCCAUACCGGCGCCAUCAUCGGCAACAAGUUCAGACAUCGGCCUAACACGGCGCAACAGUCGAAACUUCGCGAGCUUGCGAACAGUUCGGUCUUGCUAGCAGCCCCGGCGAUAGGUGACAGCCAGAACAACAGCGGCGACGAUUCUUCGAGCAUAUUCGGGUCAGCCACGGUGGACUUUUCCAGGUCGCCGCCAAGGUCAUUGCAUGGCUCAGGGUCGUCCGUUCCCAUCCCGCGGAGCACGAGCCGCAGUUCGAGCGUAGCAUCCAGCAGCAAGUCACUCAGGAGCGGGCAUCUGAACGUAAACACCAGCAACCCCCCAUCGGGCAGUGGUAGUGCCACGAGCUCUCAGCAGGGUUUUGGCCCUGUUGUACCCAGCUUCUUGAUGAUGACACCACCAACGCCCAAGGACAGAACCAACUCGGAGUCGAGCAGCAACAAGCACGCUGGUUUCGGGGUCAACAUGCUGCGGCCGUCCUCUAGCAGCAGCAUGCGGUCAUUCAACGGUGGGUUCGGGAACAGUGGAAACAGUCAGCGCCGAGGAAGCAACAUGAGCAUCCAACAAAGUCCGAACACCAUCUCCCCCGAGUCGGGUGUCGAGAGGCGCCGGACAAUGCUCAGCGCGUUGAACAGCGCCAGUGGCAAGAGCGAGAGCAAUGCGGGAGGGUUCUUCAAGGAAAAGUUCACGGCCCUCACGUCCAAGCUGAACAAGGACAACAGGACAGACCGGGAACGGCCGCCGGCAUCGCCAUCGACCGCCCCGAUUCAAGCCAACACCGAACGUCGGCCGGCGUCGCGCUGGUCGUCGAGGAGCGCGAGCAUGGCUGUGGACGACGUCAUCGAGGAGGACGAGACGGGGUCUGCCCUCGAGAGGGAGAGGAGCAACACCGGCGAGGAGAGCACUCGCGGGGGUUUGCUACCCGGGCCCAUGAAGGGGUUGAUGAAAGCCAGGCAGGGAAACUAGAAGGGACGCCGACAAGGCUGAAUUGGUGACUUCCUUGUACACGCUAUAAUUAAUUGUAUAUAAUCGCAAGAGGUGAGCAAACUUGCAUGCGGUGGGAUCCUGCAAGGGCGGCCCUAUUGCCUUUCUUUUCAGUUGGGGUUGGAUCAAGACGAGCGUCUGGAAAAUGGGGACCUGAGGUGGCAACGAUCGUAAGACGAUUAUAAGCAGGUCAGAAUGACUUGCCUUCCAUUACGCAAUGGAGUCUGCCUAAUUUUUAUUCUCUGCGAGUUUCUGCGAGGGGUGUCGUUCGCUCAUUUCUUGCAUGGGCAUGGCAGGAAUAACUCGUUGAGGGUUUGGGCGGUGGGCGGAAAACUCCCGCAUUAUAAACUCAGCAAGCAUUAGGCGUUAGGGGGUAUUUUAUUGAAGCAUAUGCACUGUCA